AUGACAACUAUUGCUGCUAUUCCGGCGGUACCAUCUUCCUUUGGUUAUAAUGACUUAGUUUCUCAAGUUCAAGCAAUUCAGUAUCAAAUGGUACAAAUGGAAAACGAGAUUAAUAGUCGAUUGGAAAAUGAAACAAAGAAGCAGAGUCAAUUAAAAUUUCGUUCAAUAACGUUUCGUGAUCCUUAUGGUAAUCAAAUGGUCAAUGAACACAUGGACCAUGAAUUGAUCAACAAAAUAACCAGAAAAUAUAAGAUAAAUUAUGUACCGAAAUAUUUACAACGAUGGGCACAAAUAGGUAGUAUAGAUCACGAUGUUAUUUCACCAAUAACUGAUUGUGAAUUAAGAUCAACUGUAUCUCAAUGGAUAAGUGAUCGUCAAUUUAUUACAUACGGUGAAGUGACUGUAUGGUUGAAAAGUUAUGAGAGUUUCUAUUUUGAAAAAUUUGUACUAAAACUAGUAUUAAUGGACACUAUGGAGAAAGUUAAAAUAGAAUUAUCGAGACACAGACAAUUUAGUAACGCAGAGUUAAAAUCAUGCAUAUUAAAUUCUGGUGAUGAAUUAAACGAAAAAGUCUGGGAUAAAAUGGGAAAAUGGGAAGAUGCCAUUAUGUCAGGCGAAUUGUAUCGAGAUAAUUAUUGCAUAAUGGUAAAAAUUAUUCAGGAAAAGUUAGAAGAUGGAAGAACCCUUGGAGACUACAAUAUACAAAAGGAGUCUACAUUGCAUUUGGUACUGCGUGUUAGAGGUGGAAUGUAUCAUUUUACUAGUGGUCGACAAGAUUUUCAAACGCUUUCUUACGAUGGUGCUAAAGCAAUUCAAAAUGUAUUUGCAUUCAGAUCUGGAAUGGCAAAUAGUGUCUAUCACUUACCAUUAACUGAAUUACAAGAAUCUAUUUUACAAGCACGAGCUGUUCUGUCAACUUUAUAUGAGGCAACCAAAGACUUUUGCGUACCACAUGGUGUGACAAACUUAAAGACACCAUCUUGGCAACUCAAUGAAAUGAAUGUUGACGAUGUCAUUGUCAGCGAUGGUAGUGAAGAUGACGAUAUGUCAAACGAUCAGUAA